AUGGCUGGAAUUGGACUGAACCUGAAUUCUAUUACGGAAAACACCUCGCGGCUGGGCGCACGUAUCCAGGAGAGCUUCAUUGAACAUACUCGUGAUCUGGCCAUUGCUCGAGGCCCUGGUGCUGCAUACUUUGACGUGUCUGAGGAUAAAGUCCGCAACGUCCGCAAGCAGCUCGAUACAAACAGUGAUCGCGAGAAGUUGGAUGCACUCAAGACAUUAAUAGCGCUUAUCUCAAAAGGACGGAACGUCUCAGACUACUUCCCUUCCGUCGUCAAGAAUGUUGCCUCUCCCAAUCUAGAGAUACGAAAGCUCGUCUACAUAUUUCUUCUACGCUAUGCAGAAACGGAGCCGGAUCUCGCAUUGCUCAGCAUUAACACGUUCCAACGCGACCUUGCGGAUCCAAACCCGCUUAUACGCGCAAUGGCCCUUCGGGUACUCAGUGGGAUCAAUGUCCCUAUGGUUGGGAACAUAGUCAUUCUCUCCGUGAAGAAAUGUGCGAAUGAUCCAAGCCCAUACGUACGCAAAGCGGCUGCACUUGCUACAAUAAAAUGUUACAGUAUGGACUCCGGACAUCUUCCCUCUCUCAUUCCAAUCAUCACCACUCUUCUGAAGGACAAGUCUCCGUUAUCUAUCGGUUCCGUCGCAGUCGCAUUCCAGGCAAUAUGUCCAACACGUCUCGAUCUACUCCAUCCUCACUAUCGUCGCCUGUGUCGAAUGCUCCUCGACAUCGAUGCAUGGGGACAAGUGAGCGUCCUGGAGCUCUUAGCUCGUUAUGCGCGGAGUAUGCUCCCCAGGCCAGUUACGUCAGACUCAGCAGGAAACAAAAUGGACGAAGGCAAUGAAGACGUCGACCCGGAUCUGCAGCUUCUUCUGUCGGCUUCAGAACCUCUCCUUAUGUCACGAAAUCCUUCUGUGGUUAUGGCGGUCUCCCGUGUCUUCUUUUACCUCUCUCCACCUUCCCAAGUCAAUAAGUUAGUCGGGCCCCUUCUUCGGUUACUCUCUGUGUCGAAAGAAGUUGAAGCAGUUGUCUUGGCGAACAUUCUCAUCAUAAUGCACGAAUACCCUUCACUGUUUUCUCGCCAUUACUCCCGAUUCUUCAUCCGUGCAGUAGAUCUGAGGGGAACGAAACUGUUGAAACUCCGGAUUUUGCUCAAGCUACUCUCAUCAGAUAAUUAUCAAGUUUUGUUACGCGAAUUUGUGGUGUAUGCCGAUGACCCAGACGAUACAGUAGUCUCCGAUGCUAUUCGAGCUAUCGGUUUUUGCGCCAAUGCGGUGCCAGACUCAGCUAGCCACUGCCUUUCUGCGCUAAUGGAGUUCAUAAGGACCGGUUCCGAAUCAGCCGUCUCCGCUUCUGUCCUCGUAUUGAAAUCCCUCGUCCAAACUCUUCUUCAAAGGUCUCAAGCUUCUUCGUGGACAGGCGGACACUCCCCUGCGCGCAUCAUCGCUGACCUUGCAGGUCGAUUAGAUGAAAUACGACACGCAUUGGCACGAGCCUGUAUCGUAUGGCUUGUGGGCCAGUAUUCAUCGCUUGGUAGUGAGUCAAAAGACGGAAGUACAGCAGAAAAUGGUGGACUGGACGGAGUUGCUUGGUGGGCUCCCGACGUGCUGCGCAGAACAGCGAAGACGUUCUCAACUGAAGCACCUAUCGUCAAACUUCAGGUCCUUACGUUAGCUGCAAAACUUCUGCUAUUAUCGUCAACAUACCACCAUUCCAUCGUACUCCUGACGAGAUACGUUUUCUCACUUGCACGAUACGACCUGAAUUACGACGUUCGGGAUCGUGCUCGUCUACUAACUGCUUUGCUUGUCGGUAUCGCACCUCACCUCCAGCAUACGAACGGAAGUACAUUCGCAGAUAGCGAUGCGAUUGAUGAAGGAGAACUAUCCAGCAGGGGCGGAGUAGUCCUACGUCAUGAGCAGGUCAAACUCAUACUUUUCGAAGGGAAACUGGAAACACAGCAGUGGGAACCUUUCCAAGGCAAUACUAACUUUGCGUCAUUAGACAAAGGCUGUGUGCUUGGUUCCCUAGAAGUCAUCACCGGCCGGCCAACAGGACUAGACUCAAGCCUUCGCCUGCCAGACUGGCCAGAAGAGGGCACAGACUCUUCUUUACGUGACUCUCCGGAGGAAAUUCCUAGUGUCCCGGUGACGAAUAUUGCAGGGCAGCAACAACGUUCUAUCGCUGAAAUUACUGGAACAAUGGGAGGGUUCGGUCCGAGUCAUGCAACCCUCAAAGUGGGAUCACCAGUAGUUCUAACACCAACUGGACGUGCAUCUCCUAGUUUGCAGGGUGGGACGGGAGGAGCAGGACUCUGGAAGAACCUUGAUGAGUUUUAUGAAGAGUCAGAUGACGAAACCGAGGAUGAGGACGAAGAAAGUGAAUAUGAAGGAAGGCAGACACAUAGUGCCAGCGCUGUGCAAGCGGAGCGCGUUGACGAAAAUCGCACGGCUCAUCCGGUGCAUAAUGAAGAGGAGUCCGACAGCAGCGACGAGGAUGAUGAUACAGAUAAUAGUGAUAGUUCACCGGAAAGUGUUCGAUAA